GCCACCGUGGCUGGGUCAGCGGAGUCCAAGUUCCGAGUAAUGGUGCCUUAGGGCAUAUUGUUUCCGGGUGGUGCUCUUCUUAUCGCCUGGCCCUUGGCUUCUUCUCCCCUCCUAGGCCAAACGCCGGCUCCCAGAGCCCGAAAGCACUUUGCCCCCAGAAGCUACGGAGAAGGAGAAGAAGAAGCAUGAGCUUAGCUCUCUUGCAAGGCUACUCGUCCCCCGAAGAAGAUGAGGGAGAAGAGGAGAGACUCUCCUCUUCGUCCCUCAGCGAUGGGGACGAUGGUGAAGAAGAGGAGGCCGGCGAGGAGGACGGGCUCGUUGGCAAGAAUCGCUCCAGAAAGGAGAGGAAGAAACCCCUCUCCAAUCCCCCCAGACCGAGCUCCAAUUCCUUGCUCCCUUCCGCGCUCGACGCCUUCGCCGAGGUGACAGGACCGCCGGAGUUUCUUAACAACCGGCCAGGGGCCGUGGAGGAGACGCGGGAGGCUCUGGGGGUGCUCGAUCGGAUGGCAAGAGACACGGCCAGAAGAGAGAAGAAAGAUCUCCCUGCCGGCGCUGUUGUGGAGGCCAAAGCUCAAUUGGUUGGCAUUCGUGACCGAGUGAGAAGUGAUGUAGAAGGAAGCCAUCCUUCAGGUUCUGCCACAAAAACAGUAUCUGAUAAUGGUAAGCGAGUGUUCUCUGCAGCAAAUCCUGAUGCCAAAGAUGCUGCUGACCUGCUAAGAAUAUGCGUACAGUGUGGGAUUCCAAAGACCUAUUCACAUGCCCGUGGCAUGACAUGCCCGGUCUGUGGAGAUCGCCCUCCUGCAGACCCAAAGAAAGAGUCUGAGAAGCAGAGAGGUUUUACGGUCAAAGAUAAGGAGAAGAGUAAGAGGAUGAAGGGACAAUCGUCGCACUCUACUUGGAAAAGCGAGACAGAGAUGCAACUGAGACAGCAAUAUGACUAGCAGAGGAGAAAUAAAGAGCCCUGGCAUGUAUAUUAUUAGCGAGAGAAUUACUUGAAUCUUGGUGCAGGCUAUUGUAAUUCCAUGAUACAAGGAUUGGUAGAUCAUCUGCAUAAUUUAGAUACAAGCAUUGUUUUGUCCUUGCUGCCGCUAUGUUUUUCCAUUGAACAGAAUUUGUUAACAUAGGUAUGGACUCAGUGAAAUGCUUGAUUUGUAUCAAUUCUCCACGAUCAGAUAUAUAGUUUUUUUUUAUUUUUUGGUGUACCAUAUAUAGGGCUUUAAAAAUAAUCAAUGUUAUGUUUUCAUA